AUGAGCUCAAGAGAAGACCGUCUUUCCUCAGCGCAACAGACGCUUGACACAUUAUUUGAUCUUUCUCAGUUGCUGAACACGGGUCUGGACAGGGAGACGCUCGCGACGUGCGUGGAGCUCAUUGAGCGGGGAACGAAUCCUGAAGCGCUGGCGGCAGUCGUACAGGAGAUGAGGAAGGAGAAGGCUGGGUUGGCUAGAGAGUCGUGA